AUGUGGUUUCGAUACAAGAGACGAAGGUUUUAUGAACUGGCGUCUCGGAUCCCGGCGGUUCCAGGUUUGAUUCCUCUAGUUCUGAUGCUUCAAUUUUCAUAUAAUACUUCGGAUCUAAUUUUUGAAUUAAUUAAAAAGUUCAGUGCGUACGCUUUUAAAAAUGGUGGAAUUAUAAGACUUUUCACAGGGCCAAAGCUCUAUGUAGGUAUAACAAACCCAGAAGACACAGAAUACAUUUUAAAGUACUGCCUCGAGAAGGAAAACAUAGUCAACUUCUUAAAAUCCAUAGUUGGCAACGCAGCUGUAUUUGCUCCAGUGUCAUACUGGACACCCCGCAGAAAGAUUCUAGUUCCCACCUUUAGUCUAAAGAUAGUUUAUAGUUUUUUCGACGUAAUUACCGAACAGAGUAACGAAUUAGUUGACAUAUUAGGGAGUGAUAAACGGAUUGGAACCGGACAGUUUAGUGUUUGGAAUUACAUGAGCGCAUUUACUUUGAAUUCUUUAACUGAAACAGCAUUAGGCGUGAAGGUAACCGGCCAAAGAACAGAUAACCCAGUGAUAAAGGCUGUGCUAGAUAUAUUUCACCUACUGACGCACAGAAUGUUCCACAUUUGGCUUUGGCCCGAUUGUAUUUACAAGUUCACCUCACAACACGCUGACUUUAAGGAAUCAGUGCGAAUUUUAUACAAACUUACAGACGAGAUAAUUCAAAAGAAAAGAACGGAGUUAAGGGAUUUAGAUUUGGAGGAAUACAAUAAUCAAGCGUCAGGAAGUACGAGAUGUUUCCUAGAACAUCUAAUGCUGUUAUCUGGAAAAGACAGCGGCUUAUCGGACGUUGAGCUCCGCGAUGAAAUAUCUCUGCUCUUGCUUGCCGGAACCGACACAUCCGCGGUCGCCAUUUGCAAUACUCUUAAGUUGUUGGCUAUGUAUCCUAAAGUACAAGAGGACAUUUACAUUGAACUAAUGGAUGUACUUGGUGAUUCCAAUCGUAAAUUAAACAGGAGCGAUCUGAAAGACCUUAAAUAUCUAAAUAUGGUUGUAAAGGAAUCGCUGAGACUCUUUCCUCCCGUACCAAUAAUUGUACGAAAGGUUUGCGAGGAAACCGUUUUACCAUCUGGUGUAAUUCUACCAAAUAACACAGCCGUUAUCGUAUUUGUGUGGGGGGUGAACCGAGACCCAAAUUAUUGGGGCCCAGAUGCCCACUGCUUCAGACCAGAGAGAUACUUAUCUGAUGAGAAGAGUAGUCUAAUAACUACCUUUAGUUUAGGUACAAGAAAUUGUGUCGGUUAUCAGUUCGCGUUACUAGUGAUAAAAAUAGCUCUAACGACGAUCUUACGUCGCUAUAAGAUUGUUGGCACAGAGGAACCCAGUGCUAUACCAAAUCUUAACAGCACAUUCUCAAUUAUGCUACGAGAUAAAGAGAACUAUCAGAUUAGCUUGGAGAAGCGAUGA